UACGGUCCCACUGUGCGCAUUACUUUUUCGGUAGCAAAAACUUAACUUGUAGAAAAUUGUCAAUUUGCUGGUAGUUGUAUAUCCAUGUGAAGCAGAGAUAAGCUCCAAACACACUCCCGUCGCCCACGCCACGUCGCACAGUCGCGCACCUCUAGAAAUAUCAGAAAGCAGGCCUAAGAGACCAAAAGAAUCACGGAAUAUGAGCUCCUCGAAUGCGGGACAGCGCACCAAGCUCAUCCAGGAGAAAUGUCAGACCCUUCUGACACAGAUGCUCCGCGACGAGGACAACAAAUACUGCGUAGACUGCGAUGCCAAGGGUCCCCGCUGGGCUUCCUGGAACCUGGGCAUGUUUCUCUGCAUCCGCUGUGCCGGCAUUCAUCGCAACCUGGGCGUGCACAUAUCGCGGGUCAAGUCUGUCAACCUGGACACUUGGACGCCGGAGCAGGUGAUCUCGCUGCAGCAGAUGGGGAACUCGCGAGCACGCGCGGUCUACGAGGCGCAGCUGCCGGAUGGUUUCCGGCGUCCGCAGACGGACACGGCGCUAGAAAACUUCAUCCGGGCCAAGUACGAGCAUAAAAAGUACCUGGCUCGUGAAUGGGUGCCGCCCUCGCCACCAAAGGUGGACUGGGCUAAGGAAAUCGACGAGGAGCUAGAACGGCAAAAACGCAAGAAGAAGACCACCCAGGCCCAGGCCACUUUGGGGCUAGGGGGUGUGUCCAGCGGGGGAGGCGACAAGCGACUAUCCGGUGCUUCUUCAUCAGCCCUGAAGAAUUCGCCCUUGCCCGCUCCGCUGCCCAAGCCGAAGCCCAACCAGGUGGGCGGUUGUAGCCCCAAGACCACGCAGCGCGUCCAGCUGAACAGCAGCGGCGCCAGCAGUGCGGGUGAAAGCGACCUUUUGGGUCUGUCCUCGCCCACUAAGCCCAUUGCCGCGACUAGUGCCAGCCAAGACCUGCAAAACGAAAGUUUCACCAGCUUUCUCAGCGCCGAAUCGAUUGCCGGACAGCCGGAUAAGCCAAACGGCAGCAACGGUGAUACUGCCAAUUUAAUGGGCUCGAAGCCGAAUUCGUUAGCCCAGGAGGAGCAGGACUUCUUCAACCAGGGUUCGCUUGGCGCCUCCGGCAGCGAAAAGGACCAGUCCGGUAAAAUGUCCAAGGACAGCAUCUUGGCUCUGUACGGCAAUGCGCCGGCCGCCCACAAUCCCCAAAUGAACUUUGGUGGCUUCACUGGUAUGGCGCCGGGCGGAUACAUGCAUCAGCAGCAGCAACAGCAGAUCCCUCACCAGUUCAUGACGCCCCCGAACUCUGUGAGCAUGUACAACUCGCCAGUGAUGGCUGCGCCAAACGCGUUUAGCAAUGCGCCAAUCAGCAGUGCGACUGCCAUGAGCAUGGGCGUCAGCCAUGGCUUUGCUGGAGCCCAGUUUCCUAGCACAGGCGGAAGUCCUUUUGCCGCCGGAGGGCAGGGUGCUGCGACGAAUCUUAUGCAGACGAACCAGAGCAUUCUCAGUGGGAUGCCAUUGUUUGGUGCGGUGCCACAGCAACAGCAGCAGCAACAUCACCCGCAGCUCGGCGGACUUUCCAUGAACUUGAUGCAGCCCCUGCCCAGCGGACUGAACAUGGGCCAGCCACAGACAUCGGGCGGAUUUGCUGCCGCCGGCUCAACCACCUCCUCAGUACCAUCAAAUCUGAAUCAGCAAUUCGGAAACCUUAAUAUCGGUAAUGUCUGGCAAUAAAUACGAAGUGUAUUUAUAUAGUUGUAUUCCUUUAAUUAAUUUUAAGACACGAGUGCUUGUCUCAGUGUUGCAACAUGUGUGUGUGAGACGAUGAUACUUGUUUAUAUGCAUUCGAUUUGUACAACAACUUGCCAAUUUAGUUAGUUGUCCUGAGAGGAUUCGGAGCGAAACUAUACGUAUUUAUAGAAGAAUUCAUUGUCAAGCAAGCCAUUGUAUUAACCGAUGUUCAUGUUCACCAACGAUCGCGUCUGCUCGUUCAAAUCUAUUCCAAUUAUACCAUAAUACAUAAAUACACGUGUAACACCCAACUAAUUAAAAUUGAACUACGAACUUAAUGCACUUCUCAAUCAAAUGUACAUGUUAUUUCGGAGCAUUAGCUAGGUAUUUGGUACACAGGCAUUAAAGAAUCGUCCACGCCGGGAUGUGAAUGUAAAGUAUAGAGAUUUGGCAAUGUACUUUUUAAAUGCUUGAUUAUCCGUAAGAACAUAUUCACGCCUGUUUGUCAAUGUGAAUCUUAAAUAUCAUGGCUGGGGAGCCGACGGAUUUACUGUAUUCGAUUUUUAAGUUGCUAUGUCUAAGGAAUAAAUCAAACCACUUCGAACUGUGUAAUAAUAAAAUAUUCAGACCAUUGUAA